AUGCUUUAUUCCCCCGAAGAAAAAAGAAAAAUUAUUUUGGCUAAUUAUAGUUGUCCCAGUCAGCAAGUAGAGUUAGCGGAAUUAAAAAAAAAAAGUGUGGAAUUAUCCACUUCUUUUUCUACUUUUCGUAGUCUAGAUGUCGGCUGCGGCGACGUUCUCCAUUUAUUAAUUAUUAUAAAAGGCAACUACAUAGAAAAAUGCUGGUUUGCCGGACAACAAUCGUGUCUUAUUACGGUUGCGGCUGCCAAUAUCAUUUGUGUUUGUUUAGAAAAAAAAACGAUUCAAUUUGCCUAUGAAUUAAUUAAUAAUUGUCAAAGCAUGAUUGAGGGCAAAGAGUAUGAUUUACAUGAUUGUCCUGAUUUACAAGUUUUUAGUGAUAUAUCUAAUUACCCACACCGAGUAGAAUGUAUAAAAUUAACCACUGACAUUGAGAAAAUUGUUCUCAAUAGUGGAGUCGGGCAAGCCAUUAACAAUAAACAAUUUUUAGAAAAUACCGAAAAAGCCCUAAUCCAAAUCGCCCAAGGUCAAAAACCAAUUUUAACUUAUUCACACAAAUCUAUUACCGCUUUUAAAUUGCGAGAAGGAAUGCCAAUUGGUUGUAAGGAAAAAAACUCUAAUAGAGCCGAGUUAAAUAUUCUAGCAGCGAAAACUCAAAAGGUAUUGGAUAAAGCCGUGAAUAAAAAAAUAAUUCAUAAAAAUAAAGCGGCUCGGAAAAAAAGCCAAUUACAUAAAAAACCGAAUGAAACGCCCUUAGAAGCCGCUAAAAGAGAAGUGUUUGAAGAGACUAACUUAAUAAUUGAAGAUUUAGAAAUAAUUGGCAAACAGGUUUUUGGUAAAAAAAAUCAGGGUUGCAUGGGUUAUCUUAUCAAGGCUAAUAAAUAUUCAGGAGAGAUAAAAAUCAAAGAAGUAGAAAAGAUUGCCGAUAUUAAAUUUAAGCAGAUAGAUUAUGAUUUUGCCAUCAACAGGCUUUUUUAUGCUAUCAUCUUUGAAGUUGAUUAUUUAGGAGCGAUUAAAGUUCAGAACCAAAAUGGUAUCGUAGUGUAA